CUCUGUAAUCUGUGUCGUUGUCGGCGUCAUUUCGGAAGAGGUGCUGUGAAAGGUAAUACAAUAUAUCGAGUGUCUUUAGAACAGAUAAGAGUAAUGAAAUCCGAACCUUCAAGUCCUAAACGAGACCGAGAUAGGUCUCCAUUUGGGCUAGACAUGGACAGGAAUGAAGAAAAUGACAAAGAUCGUAACAAGGAAAGAGAUCGUGACAGAGCUCGUCGUGGAGACAGGCCGACCAGAUUUGGCCCACGUAGUAGCAGUACAACACGGGACAGAGAACGUGAACGUGGAAGGAAAUCCACUUCUGAUAGACGAAUCUAUGUUUCCAACAUAGCUUAUGAGUACAAAUGGCAAGAAUUAAAAGAUUUAUUCAGACAAGAAGUUGGAGAAGUUUCAUACGUUGAACUCUUCAUGGAUGAAAAUGACAAACCGCGGGGCUGUGGAAUAGUAGAAUUUGAAUCGCCAGAGUCUGUGAAAAAAGCUGUGGAAAAAAUGCACCGGUUUGAUCUUAAAGGCAGAAAGCUGGUUGUUAAAGAGGACUUUGGUGUUGACAGAGACAAAUAUGGUCGUCCAAUUAAAGGUGGUGGUGGCGGUGGUGGUGGCGGUGCUGCUGGUGGAGUAGGUGGUGGUGGCACUGCAGGCAUGGGCCAGGGAGCAGGUAAUUUAGCUCGAGGGAGAGAUGAUGUCCGUGCCAAGUGGGAUCAUCCUGCUCCACCACUACCAUUGCAGACAGCAUUUCCAGCAUUGGGGUCUCAGCAGGCUGCAAAUGCUGCUGCAGCUGCUGCUGCAAGUAGCAAGUGGGGAAAUACAUAUGGACUUAGUCCGGAAUUUCUGGAGUCUCUCUGGAUAACUGGCCCUUUGAACACGAGAGUUUUUGUUGCCAAUCUGGACUACAAAGUAGACGAAAAGAAGCUAAAAGAAGUAUUUAAACUGGCCGGAAAAGUGGUCAGUGCAGAAAUUAGUACUGAUAAAGAAGGCAAGAGUAGGGGAUUUGGUGUUGUUGAAUAUGAACAUCCAGUGGAAGCUGUUCAAGCUAUUUCUAUGUUGCAUAAUCAGAUGUUGUACGACAGGAAAAUCACUGUAAGGAUGGAUCGCAUAGAACACAAACAAGAAGGACCAUUGAAACUUCCUGAAGGUUUGAGAGGCCUAGGAAUGGGGCUUGGUGCUGGUGGAGCUCCGCUUCAGGAUGUUGCAAGAAAUUUACCAAGUGUAAGUGACCAUGUGGGUGGUCUGGUUGGAGCUGUUGCAGGAGGUGCAGCAGGAUUGGGAACUGGAAUAGGAGCGGCAUCAGCACUGUCUAAUGUUGUUGGUCCAGCAUCUUUGGGUUUGAGUAACAAUGCAGCUUUGCCUGCCAGUUUAACUGGUGUGGGUGGCUUAGGAGCUGCUGCAGCAGGUGGCCUUAUGGGAGCUGGAGGUGGUGAUAUUGGUUUAGGAGGAGGAAUUGGGGCAGGUGGUGCAUUUGGGGGAAGCAAUUUAGGUGCAGGAUUAGGUGCUGGGGGAGCAGGACUAGGUGUUGGUUUGGGUGGAGGAGGAGGAUCAUUUGGAGGAAAUAUUGGCACUGGAGGUGGCAGUUCAUUUAUGGGUGGCGGUGCUGGAGGUGCCUUCGGUGGUGGAGCAGCAGGCUUAGUGGGUAAUAGUGCAUACGGAGGCGGUGGACGUGAUUUUGAUUCUCUUAACUCUAGUCUUGGGGGUGGUGGAGGAGGAGGUGGUUAUGGCUCUGGUUUAGGGGAAAGAGAUUUUAGAGGGGCAGCGGAUGGUGGAUUUGCCAAUGGACCAUCAAGAGGAAUUGGAAUGGGAGGUGCAGCAGUUCCAGGUCAUAGAGGUUCAGAUACUAUCCUGAUCAAAAAUCUUCCUCCUUCUGCAACAUGGCAGAUGCUUCGGGAUAAAUAUGGGGAGAUCGGAGAUGUCAAAUUUGCAGAGAUUAGGGGUAAAGAGAUUGGCUUAGUGCGUUUCAGCUCUGAAUUGGAGGCCGAGCGUGCAGUCCAUAUGACGGAUCGCACUCGUUUGGAAGGCCGUACUAUUGAUGUAUCUCUCUUCUAUUAGGUAAAGUGGGAAGAGUUAAAAAAGUCGCUUGUCAUGUCUCAUUUGCACCUAGAAAUAUAGAAUCCAUAGUAUAUGCAUUUUCUUAUGUGGUCAUUGUAAUGGUGUGGAAGUCUUGCUCUACACAGUCUUCGGAGUUCUCGUUUUUAUUGUGGCUUCUGCAAAGAAGAAUUGUGAAGCUGCUUUUGAACUUUUCUGACUUGAAGAUUGUCCAUUGUAGUUCGUUGACUUCAUGUGUCGCUGUUUAUAAAUGUAUUGUGUGUGAAAUUCAGUGGAAGAACCUUUGUGUUAGGAUUUUGUACUUUUAAAAGUUGUUUCUCACUACAUUGAUAUAUACUGACAGUAAACAAAAUUCAGUAGGAACAUUGUAUUUUAGUUGGACAAUUGUAUUAUUGCAGUCAGUCUUAAAUAAAUGAAUGAUUUCGUAAAAGUAAAA